AUGUUUCUUUUCCUAGUAACCUUAUUCUGCGUUGGAAUUAAGAUAAACCACGCAGAUAUAGCCGUUUCCCCGGUUCGAUGCGGACCUAUGCCUAGAGCGAUUUUCUCCUGCCUCAGCAUGCCAAAAAUAGUGAAACCCGAAAUUUCUGAACAAUGUAAAAAUAGGGGUGCGACUCAGUGCGAUAGAAUGACGUGUAUUUUCGAACAAUCUGGCUGGAUCGUUGAUAAUAAGCUACAGGAGGUGAAGAUACGGAGCUUUUUUGACGAUUUUGCUAAGCAACAUCCAUCGUGGUCUGCAGCGGUGAAUCACGUGAAGAGCGCUUGUUUAGGCAGCAGCCUACCUGCUCAGGGAAUUCAUCUAAACUGCCCAGCCUAUGAUGUCAUGCAGUGCUCGUUGGCGAGCUUCAUUAAGAACGGUCUACCGUCGGAGUGGUCCACAGCGUCACACUGCGAAUACCCUCGACAUUUUGCUGCCAGUUGCCCAGUGUGUCCGGGCGACUGCUUUGAACCUCAAAUUCCGACUGGUUCCUGCAACGCUUGUCUAGCCUUGCCUCGAUCUCCAUAA